AGGGGCGACUUUUGGACGGGAUGCAAAAAACUACAAAUCCCAGCAGCUUGCCUUUACGGAUGACGCCAUAUCAGUGCGCUCGGGCUGCAGUUCCCGUGAAAUCUUUCCCCCUUUUAGCGAAAGCUACAUGGCUCAUACAACACAAUAAGUUGUCACCAUGGUGAUGAAGUCGUCGGUGGAGGAGGAUGAUGCCGGCUGGGGUCUGGGCAUCCCGGAGAAGAUGAAGAACAAUGCCAACUGGGUGGAUAUCACCCAAGAUUUCAAGAGUUCUUGUAAAGAAUUGAGCCUUGGGGAGUUGCUUCACGACAAGCUGUUCGGCUUGUUUGAGGCAAUGUCGGCCAUUGAGAUGAUGGAUCCCAAGAUGGAUGCCGGGAUGAUCGGGAACCAAGUCAACAGAAAAGUGCUCAACUUUGAGCAAGCCAUCAAGGAGAACGCCAUCAAAGUGAAAGAUCUGAGCCUUCCUGAACUCAUCGGAAUCAUGGACACAUGCUUCUGCUGUUUGAUCACAUGGCUAGAGGGCCACUCCCUGGCUCAGACGGUGUUCACCUGCCUGUACGUCCACAACCCGGACCUGAUCGAGGAGCCCGCCCUCAAGGCCUUCGCCCUAGGCAUCCUAAAGAUUUGUGACAUCGCGCGGGAGAAAGUCAACAAGGCAGCCGUGUUCGAGGAGGAGGACUUCCAGGCCAUGACGUACGGCUUCAGGAUGGCCAACAAUGUCACAGACCUGCGGGUGACGGGUAUGCUGAAAGAUGUGGAGGAUGAAUUACAGAGGAAAGUCAAGAGCACACGCAGUCGUCAGGGCGAGCAGCGAGACCCAGAAGUGGAGCUGGAGCACCAGCAAUACUUGGCACUGUUCAACCGCAUCAAGUUUACGCGCCUUCUCCUGACUGCACUGAUGGCCUUCACCAAGAAAGAGACCAGCUCGGUGGGGGAGGCCCAGAAGCUUGUUGCCCAGGCAGCAGACCUCCUGUCAGCCAUUCAUUCCAGUGUGCAGCAUGGCAUCCAGUCACAGAAUGAUACCACCAAAGGAGAUCACCCUAUCAUGAUGGGCUUCGAACCACUGGUCAACCAGCGCCUGCUACCGCCCACCUUCCCGCGCUACGCCAAGAUCAUCAAGAGGGACGACAUGGUAUCCUACUUCGGCAAGCUCAUCGAGCGCAUCAAAACCGUCUGUGAUGUCAUCAACACCACUAACCUGCACGGCAUUCUGGUAACAGCCGACAAUUUUUCAUGGAAAUGUUGUUUUAUUUCACGGUUGUUGUUGCCCGUGCAGACGACCUUCCUGAUUGACAACAAGAAAGUGUUCGGCACUCAUUUGAUGCAGGACAUGAUCAAAGACGCCCUCAGAUGCUUUGUCAGUCCGCCCGUCCUCUCAUACAAGUGCUGUCUGUUCAACAACCACCAGGCCAAGGACUACAUCGACUCGUUCGUCACACACUGUUCAAGGCCGUUCUGCAGCCUGGUCCAGAUCCACGGCCACAACCGAGCACGGCAGCGGGACAAGCUGGGUCAUAUUCUGGAAGAGUUUGCUACUUUGCAGGACGAGGCAGAGAAGGUGGAUGCGGCCCUGCACAGCCUGCUGAUCAAGUACGAGCCCCAGCGGCAGCACCUGGCCUGCCUGGGAACGUGGAUCCUCUACCACAACCUGAGGAUCAUGAUCCAGUACCUGCUCAGCGGCUUUGAGCUGGAGCUGUAUAGCAUGCACGAGUACUACUACGUCUACUGGUAUCUGUCGGAGUUCCUGUAUGCGUGGCUGAUGUCCACGCUGAGCAGAGCGGACGCGUCGCAGAUGGCCGAGGAAAGGAUCCUGGAGGAGCAGGUGAAGGGGCGUAGCAGCAAAAAGAGCAAGAAGAAGAAGAAAGUUCGUCCCCUGAGCAAAGAGAUCACCAUGAGUCAAGCCUACCAGAACAUGUGUUGCGGCAUGUACAAGACCAUGGUGGCGCUUGACAUGGACGGUAAGGUGCGCAAGCCUCAGUUCGAGCUGGACAGCGAGCAGGUUCACUACGAGCACCGCUUUGCGCCCUUCAACAGCGUCGUCACACCCCCGCCCGUACACUACAUACAGUUCAAGGAAAUGUCAGACCUGAAGAAGUACAAUCCUGCUCCGGGCUCUGCCGACCUCUACCUGGCUGCCAGCAAACACUUUCAGCAGGCUAAGUUCAUCCUGGAAAACAUCCCACUCCCCAGCCCGGACCCCGAGGUGAACGGUAUCCUGAGAGUGGCCAAACCAAACUUUGUGGUGACCAAACUCCUCGCUGGAGGACACAAGAAGGAGACCAUGGUGUUGCCCGAGUUUGACUUCACAGCUCACAAGUACUUCCCUGUGGUCAAGAUCAUGUGACGCUACAGAUCCAAUCACCUGCUGUGAUUCUGAUCCACCCCUGUUGCAACUGUGUGUGUGUGUGUGUGUGAUGCAAAUGUAAAUGGUGCGUGUGUGUGCGCAUGUGAUGCAACUGUAAAUUGUGUGUGGAAAUUUUUGUGUCGCGUUGACUUGUAAUAAAAGUGUUACU